GGAGUCAUGCUGAACCUCAUCCUCCUCCUGAUUUUCUGCCUCUCUGCUGUGGACAGCCAGUUCCCACGAGUCUGCACUACAGAAGCCGCCUUUCUCACCAAGAGUUGUUGUCCACUUUGGAAGGACAAAAGUCCUUGUGGUUCUUUGUCAGGCCGAGGAAGAUGCAGGAACUGGUUGACUUUUACGGGGAAAGAAGUUCCUCAAUACAAUGAUGAUCGUCUAGACUGGCCAAGACACUAUUAUGAAAAUACUUGUGAGUGCCAUGGAAACUUCAGCGGCUUUGACUGCGGCGACUGUAAAUUUGGACUUCAUGGAGAGAAAUGUGAGCGGAAGAAAGAGAUUGUGCGGCGGGAGCUGCGGGAACUGACCUUUUUAGAGCAGAAAAGAUUAUUCAGUUACUUGGCUCUGGCAAAGACCACAAAAAGCUGCGACUUUGUUAUCCUGAGUACUGGAGACCGGCAUCACCGUGAGACCUAUCGCUUUGUAGAUGCCUCUUUAUACGAUGUCUUUGCAUGGAUGCAUUAUUACUCCAUGAAGCCCAUCCUGAGAAACAGUACAUUUGACCCAAAUAAAAACUUUGCCCAUCAAGGCCCAGUAUUCCCCGGAUGGCAUCGUCUAAACCUCCUCUUCCUGGAGAGACAAAUUCAGCUGAUGACGGGAGAUGAGGACUUUGCUAUUCCAUACUAUGACUGGCGAGGAGAGAAGAACUGCUCCAUCUGCACUGAUGAUCUAUUGGGCACCAAUGACGCUCAGGCUGUCCUGAGUCCCUACUCCCAUUUCUCCUUCUGGAAG